AUGGCAACCACCAAAGUAGAUACCGUAGCGGCGAAACCCUCGCAAACUUCUACUCAGGGAAAGUCGGCCGCUCUAGAAGCUUUGGAGGAUAUUGUUUACGGGUCUACUGCGGGCAUUGUAGGUAAAUAUAUCGAAUAUCCUUUCGACACAGUCAAGGUCAGAUUACAAUCUCAACCCGACCACCUCCCUCUUCGCUAUACUGGACCACUCGAUUGCUUUCGCCAAUCCAUUAAAGCCGAUGGUGUACUAGGGUUAUAUCGUGGGAUAAGUGCGCCGCUUUUCGGAGCAGCCGCCGAGACCAGUAGCCUUUUUUUCUUCGAGCGCAUGGGGCGCGAAGCUGUGUACACUUCAGGAUUCUGUUCUAGGGACCGUGUGCUUCCACUUCCUGCACUAUGGUUUACUGGCGCAUUUUCUGGGGCCUUCACCUCCUUUGUCCUCACACCUAUUGAACUUGUGAAAUGCAAGAUCCAAGUGCCCACAACAGCGGCUACGUCGGACGGAAAACCACCAAAGGCGCCUAGCGUGGUCUCGGUCAUACGGGACGUAUAUAAGCAUGAAGGCGUUAAGGGCUUCUGGAACGGACAGAUGGGUACAUUCCUCCGAGAAUCCGGCGGUUGUGCAGCUUGGUUUGGCUCGAAGGAGACCACGACUAAAAUGUUCUAUCUUCUUAACGAACGAUCUGCUACGUCGCAAAUGGAGAAGGAUGCUCUAGCCACAGAAGCGCUGCCGUUAUGGCAACAGGCGGUCGCUGGCGCAUCCGCUGGUAUGUCUUAUAAUUUCUUAUUCUUCCCAGCCGAUACAGUCAAGUCUCGUAUGCAGACCGCACCGGUCGGUGGUUCUGGCAAGCCUAGGUCGUUUUGGCAAGAGGGAAAAGCUCUGUGGAAUCAACACGGACUACGCGGACUCUACCGCGGAUGUGGAAUAACAGUGCUGCGAUCAGCACCUAGCUCUGCCUUUAUCUUUAUCGUUUUUGAUGGCCUGAAACGAUACCUACCGUGGUGA